GUCCAUCGGUCUGGGGUGCAUAAAGCAGCCUCGGUUGGCAUGGACACUGACGCCCGGGUCUGAACCCUAACACUCGGGAGAUACCAGUCGAGACCAUGCAAGGCUCUGCACUAUCAGGGACUGGAAAUGAAACCGAAACCUAGAAGCAAGCCGGUUUCAUGCAGAAGCCGGACAUUAAGUCUGGUGUCACCGAGCUGACCAAAGCCAAUGACUCGGGUGGCGAUGUGUUCAUGGCUACAUCAUCAUUCAUUCAGGUCAUUAAUCUAGGAACCAUCUACCUAUAAACAUCCCAGAGGUCAGAUCUCCCACCAUAGACAUAGACAUAGCAGAUAGAAUGUCUAGCCUCGUGCACGACUCCAUCCUCGGCAAUCUCAUCCGCCUCGUCUCCGGCGGUCGCUGGUUCCAGUAUCCGGAAGAAAAGGACCCCUCACUAUGGCAGCGGUACGUCAAUCUCGACAAGUCCGGUCGCAUGGCUUAUACCGGCCAUCUAGAGACCGACAACGUCUCGGAGGAUGUCUCUGAGCCCGAUCGCGCCGACUCCGGGUCGAUGACUAGGGUCCCCUCGUCCACGUGGUCCGACCACGGCCGGCGCUAUCAAGGCAUGACUGGAGUCAACAUCGAUCCGGAGAAGGGCAGAGACACGGUGGUCAUCGACUGGUAUGACGAGAAUGAUCCAGAGAAUCCCCAAAACUGGCCGCUGUGGAAGAAAGUCGUGGUGACCUUUGAGAUCUGCCUCCUCACCUUUAGCGUGUACAUCGGUAGCGCCAUCUUUAGUGCUGGUGUCAUGUCGGUCAUGGAGCAAUUCCAAAUCAGCCAGGUUGCCGCCACCCUGGGCCUGACCCUCUUUGUGGCUGGCUACGGGCUGGGGCCGCUGCUCUGGUCGCCUAUGAGCGAGGUACCUCAGAUCGGGCGCAAUCCCAUCUACAUUGCAACUCUAAUCGUCUUUGUCGCGCUCCAAGUGCCUGUUGCACUGGCCGGCAACCUGGGAACCCUGCUAGCCUUUCGCUUCUUGACGGGCUUUUUCGGCUCUCCCGCCCUAGCCACGGGCGGCGCCAGCAUUGCCGACAUGUUCCGACCGUCCAAACGCGCCUAUGGCAUCGGCAUCUGGGGCAUCAGCGCAGUAUGCGGACCCGUUGUCGGUCCCCUCGUGGGCGGGUUCGCCGCGCAAGCCAAAGGCUGGACCUGGACCAUCUGGGAACUGAUGUGGCUCUCGGGCUUCACACUCGUCGCGCUGAUCAUUUUCCUCCCCGAAACAUCCUCCACCAACAUUCUCUACCGCCGCGCGCGCCGCCUCCGCCGCCUCACUCAACGAUCCAACCUCCGCUCGGAGCCCGAAAUCGCCGCCGAAGGCAUGACCGCGCGCGAACUCGCCAUGAUGACCCUCGUCCGACCCUUCACGCUCAACUUCCUCGAACCCAUGGUCUUCCUCCUCAACCUCUACAUCGCCCUCAUCUACGGCCUCCUCUACGUCUGGUUCGAAUCCUUCGCCAUUGUCUUCGAAGGCAUCUACAACUUCAACCUCGGCCAACAAGGCCUCGCCUACAUCGGCAUCCUCAGCGGCGCCCUCCUCACCAUUCCCCCGUAUUAUUGGUGGAUGUACCGCUACCUGGAGCCUAAAUUCGACCCUAAAACCGGAAACCUGCCUCCGGAAGCCCGUCUUCCCCCUGCCAUCGUUGGGGGGUUCUUUAUCCCUAUCUGUCUCUUCUGGUUCGGAUGGAGUGCGCGUGCGUCCGUGCAUUGGAUCAUGCCCAUCAUCGGGAGUGGGUUCUUUGCUGUGGGAGCGUUUCUCCUCUUCAACCCGGUAUUGAAUUACCUCUCCGAUGCGUAUCCCGUCUACGCGGCGUCCGUGUUGGCAGGAAAUGAUCUCUUCCGGAGUGCCUUUGGUGCGGGGUUUCCGCUGUUCGCCACGGCGAUGUAUAAGAACCUGGGAGUCGCGUGGGCGAGCUCCACGUUAGCAUUCUUGGCGAUUGUGUUUAUUCCCAUUCCGAUGGUGUUGAUGAAGUACGGCGAAACCCUACGAAAGAAACAUAGUCGGUUUGCAAGGAAGGAUAUAUAACCUCUUCCCCUUCCUUCCCCCUCUCUUUUGAAAGAGUACAGCUGGUAUACAAGCCGCAAAGAAUCUAUGAGAAAAGAGAAGACAUAGUAAAAGUGAUUUAGAGUUAAUGUCUAGUACAACGCCAUACGCUUA